ACACACACACACACACACACACUCACACACACUGCACAGCUCAAGCAGGGCGGCGCCGGUCUAUAAAACCUCUGCUGCACUUUGAGCCAACUUCUGACCACCAUUUCUCUCCUGCUGACGUGCAAUCCGACUCGUAGCAACCAUGCCUUCAGAACUGGAGACGGCCAUGGAGUCCCUCAUCAAGGUGUUCCACCGUUACGCCUCCAGGGACGGCAAAGGGACCCUGAACCGUCGGGAGCUGCGAGAACUGAUGGAGAAUGAGCUGUCUAACUUCCUGAGGUGCCAGAAGGAUCCGGCGGCCGUGGACAAGAUCAUGAAGGACCUGGACACCAACGGGGACGGCCAGGUGGACUUUGAAGAGUUUGUGUCGCUGGUGGUUGGACUCUCGGUGGCUUGUGAGCAGUGCUAUCAGAUGCACUUGAAGCAGAUGGCCAGGAAGUGAAUCCCCAGAGAAGGACAUCAUUCCGUAAUGCAUUUCUUCUUUUGUGCGUUUGUUUGUGUGUGUCUGCAGUCCAUUAAAUGUCACCAAGGAUUUCAAACCUCAUCACCAGUU